AUGCUCCAGCCCCAACAGCAGGCCCGCCGUGCGCAGGAUGCGCGCUACACAGAGCCUCCCCUUACGCGCGGGAAUAGCGACUCGAAGGCAAGCCUGCCCCGGCAGGGGUCGCGGCCGAUGUUGCGGGGCGAGCCGAGCACGACCACAAUCCGGACCGAAGCGUCGAGUGCUACCGCGAGUUCAUACGGCCGCGAGCGGGAGCGCACACACGGCGCGACGCCAAGUAGGCACGGGGCGGCGGCGACGGGCUCCCAUCAUAGGGACCACGCAAGGCCCUCUCGCCACGAGCAGUACGCGCAGGAUCAUGCGGGUCCCUCCGCCGCCGCCGCCGCCGCCGCAGUACGAGACAUGAUAUUCCUUCCCGUCCCAAGCACUCAGACCCGCGAACGAGAGCACCGAGAGCACCGAGACGCAAGCAAGGCCGCUCGAAGAGACGAACGCCACGGACGUGAGGCGGGCGCCCCGUCCACAACGACGCCACCCAGGCCCCGCCGCGAGGCUGAGACGGUCAAAGCGACGAUCACAGGCGUCCCUGCGUCUUCCAGAACCGGGCGCGACAUCGAGUCCUCAAGCAUCGACACACGCCACAGCGCGAGCAGCUCGAAGCGCUCGGAGGCCUCGACGAAGGCGACGUCGGUCUCAAGUUCGCGCGGCCACGAGUCGACAAAGUCUGGUGGGUAUGGGGAUCAUCGUCGGGAGAGAAUCGCUACGCCAGAGAGGGCCUCUGCGCACAAAGCGACGGUCACUCCCGUGGCCUCCAAGCCCACGUCGGCUCCCAGAAUGCCGGCGGCAGGAGGCAGGCCCUCUGCUGCUGCUGCGGCGUCUUCUUCUGCUCACAGGUAUCCUACUGCUCCCGUUGCUGUGAUGGCCAGUGACCCCACAGCGAGGCCCUCUGUUGCCGCGACGUCUUCAACCGCACACAAGUACACCACGGCCGCUCCUGUGGCAACUACCAAGCCCUCGGCAACUGCCACCCAGUCCUCCACCGGGAAGUCACCUUCCGCUGUGCCUCCCUUGGCAGUCAACAAAUCACCAGUGCCUGCCGCCAGUUCGCCCCCACGCCAUGGCGCCGACGUCCCAUUAAAGAAAUCUGCAUCCCCUCUCGUCCUCCGCGAUGCACCUCUCGCUAGCGCUCCAGGGACCAGCCACACGCACUAUCACUACGAGAGCCCCGUGACCCCCGUCCCCGUCAGCGCCAGCGGCCGCACGGGCUUCUCGUCCAAGCGGCCCUCGCUCGCGCCCCCGCCGCCCGGCAAGGACCUCUACAAGGACGUCCCCGAGUCACCGAGCUCCUGCGCCUCGUUCUUCUCCGGCAUCUCCAUCAAGACGAGCGUGACGAACCACGAGGAGUUCGCGCAGGUCCGCCGGCUUCUCGACAACAUGUCCGCGGUCCCGCCGGUGCCCCCGUUCGCCCGCGCGCCCUCGCCGUCCGCGGUGUCCGCGACGUCCAGCGCCCCCGACGUGGCCCCGUUCCCGCCGCAGUCCGCGCGCGACCUCUCCGCGUCGCUCAACAUCCAGAAGACCGCCGGCGCGCAUUACGUCGAGUUCUCCCGCCGCGACUCGAUCUGCUCCCAUGCGGCGGAGGUCGUCGGGGAGUGGCCCGCGACCGAGUGCGAGACCCGCCGCCGCGCGGAGGACAACCAGGCGCGCCUCGUCGCGCAGAGGCGGGCGGGCUACCAGGACUCGUCGGCCCGUCCCCGGUACUGA